AUGGAGAUAACGCCUAAGAGAUAUUGGCGGAGGUGGAGAGGAUACGAGAAGCUUGAUGGAUCAUCGACGGCGUCAGAGACGAAUCAGGGAAGAAGGAAAGAGAAACGGGUGAAAAUGGAUCCGACCCGGAAGAAACGUUUUUGGAGGAUAAAGAUCGUGCCGAAACUGAGAAUUCUCAGAAAGGCAUCGCCUAAGAAGCUCUUGGUUUGGCUACGCGAUUCUUACGUUAAGAUGAUGAUGCGCUUGGCCAACUCGCGGGUCGUCGGGUCUUCGGGAUACGGUGGAUCCGGAUUCGGGUCGGGUCAGAUGAAGGAGUACGAUGAGAGAGUGCUCGUGGAGAUUUACAAGUCGAUAUUGAUGGCGCAGGCGCAGGGGAAUCUCGUGCACUGCGACACAGCUAAUAAGCUUCCUUCUUCUGAACCUGCGAUUGUCUCUGUUUCUCAUGCUGUUAGCAAGAAUAUCAGAAAAUAG